CACGGCUCAAACUCUACAAAUGGGGAUGCAGUGAAAAGAGUUUUGAAAAGUUUUGCAGAUGACGAAGAAACUCACACAAGGGGAAUAAUCAUUUAUGACUUAAAUGGCGGAAGAACUGUUACAGGGAAACAAUGAAAAACUCACCUCGCAUCUUACAAAGCCUCUGCUGGCAGUGGCUUUUCUGGCCUCAUUUGGCAGCUCUAUGCUCUAUGGCUAUAACUUGGCCGUUGUCAACUCUCCUGCAAAGUACAUCAAAGACUUCUACAAUGAGACAUUAUUAGAAAGUCAUGGCUUGACUCCGGAUGGGCAUCUUCUUACCGUCUUGUACUCUCUUACUGUGUCAAUCUUUGCCAUUGGUGGAAUGACCGGAGCACUGCUGGUGGGCAGACUAGUUACCAAAUAUGGAAGGAAAGGGACUCUGGUGAGAUCCACCGCACUUGUUUUUAUGGGCGGAGCUCUGAUGGGCUUUAGCAGAUGGUGCAGAAUUCCUGAGAUGGUCAUCAUUGGCCGUUUCAUCACAGGAGUACAUUCAGGGAUUUCUCUCAGUGUGGUGCCGAUGUACCUCGGUGAGAUCGCCCCUAAGAAUUUGCGAGGCUUCCUGGGCCUUGUUCCCAGCAUUCACAUUUGUCUUGGAGUUUUCAUCGCUCAGGUCCUGGGGCUCUCGGAGAUACUGGGAAAGGAAGAGCACUGGCCUCUGCUUUUGUCUCUUGUGGCGGUUCCUACCAUGGUCCAGCUGAUACUGUUGCCAUGGUUUCCAGAGAGUCCACGAUAUCUGCUAAUAGAGAGAGGAGAUGUGCAUGCCACCAUUGCAGCCCUAAAGUGGUUCCGUACUAAAGGAAACAUUCAGGCUGAGGUUGAAGAGAUGCAGGAGGAGCAACGCUCUUUGUCCUCCAUGCAGACCCUCUCUGUCUGCAGCCUCCUCAUGGACAGCUGUGUCCGCUGGCAGGUCCUCACUGUUGCAGUGGUCAACAUCGGCAUGCAGCUGUCUGGGAUUGAUGCCAUCUGGUUCUAUACAAAUGACAUUUUUAGGAAUGCAGGAAUCGCAGACCCUUAUAUUCAGUACACAACAGUGGGAACUGGGGCCAUUGAGGUCAUCUCAGGGAUGCUGGGGUGUUUCACUAUUGAGCGUCUGGGCAGAAGACCACUGAUGAUUGGUGGUUUCCUUUUUAUGGGACUGUGCUGUGCCGGAAUCACUGUGUCUGUCCUCUUCCAGCCGCAGUUGUCCUACAUGCGCUACAUCAGUGUGGGCUGUGUUAUUGGGAUUAUUGCUGGCUUCUGCAUAGGUCCAGCGGGUGUGCCUUUCCUGAUCACUGCGGAGCUGUUUAAGCAGUCUCAUCGACCGGCUGCGUACACCGUAGCUGGUUGUCUCAACUGGAUGUCCAACUUCACCAUUGGUUUUGUCUUUCCCUUCUUAGAGAUUGCUACAGGUCCUUUCUGUUACCUGAUCUUCUGUGUGGUCUGCUUGGGAGUGGCUGUCUAUACCUUCUUCAUCAUUCCAGAGACCAAGAACAAAACUUUCUUGGAGAUCAGCCAGAUGUUUGCCACCAAGAAUGAGAUCUGUGAAGAAGAGCUGUAUCCAAAUAGUGAACUAAAAAUGGCUCUAAUGAACGGCUAUGGAACCCUCGACUUCCAUAACAAAAAAUAGGAAUUCAGCCAGUUGAAUAGGAGCUCAACCAACACUGUCAGUGAUACAGACAAGGAACUGUCAGAUCAGCUGCUUCGUGCAAAUUGUCACUGCAUACAGUUAUGGUCAGAAGUUUACAUACUC